AUGUCCACGUCGAUCCUGGAACGUGAUCUCCUGGGGUCCGACGAUGCCUACUUUGUGGCCAUUGCCCUGGCUGUCGCUCCAGCGUUAUCAAUGGCCCUGGGUUCGGCUGCAGUUCGCAUGGGCAUGCCAUCCGACGUUGUCCAGGCACGGUUCCAGAACCUUUCAGCCGGCCUCCUGAUAGGUGCUCUGCUAGCAGAGAUCUACCCCAUGCUGCGUGAGCGGCUCAUAGGCGCAGACGGAAACAAACAGGUGGAGGUGGCAAACUGCUUGUCAGCUUUGGGUGGCUUUGUACUGGCUCUUGGCAUUAUGUACGGCCUGCAUUCGCUCGAGCACUCUGCCACCCCCGAUGAAGAGGUGGAAAAGGCUUUGCAGAGAGCUGCAACGGGUGACCUGGAGGACGCGCCGCCGAUGGUACAACGCGUGGCAACAGCCCAAAUGGCAAAGCUCAACUCCGGAAGCGUACAAUUGAACCUUGCGGUUAGCGCGCUCAGCAAGAUGCAAAAGGGUCAGGGGGACAUCGACGUGGAGAAAUUGGACGAGCAGCUUCACUUCGUCGAUUUCGCGCUCGACUCCAUGCGUCGGAGCUGCCAUGGCAUUGAGCUUCUCACAGGACCCGCAACCCAGGAGACACGAUCCAGGAUUGCAGAGCUUCUCGAGGAUGUUGAGGCAUUGCAAGCUGUGAGCCCACGCAAGGUCAUCACAAUGGAUGGGCAGAUUCAGCGAGCAAGUGCCACCCUGAGGCGACUCCAUGUGCACACCAGCCCCAUGGCCUUCCGCCGUUGGGGAGUGCAUCGGACAGUGACGCAGGCUGCGCUGCAAGCAGAUUUUGGCCCAGACCGGUCUUCGAGCCAAUCCAGGUUGCCCUGGGGCCUUGUGUUUGCUAUUGCCAUUGAUGCGGCUGUCGAUGGCAUGCUGAUUGGGCUCUCCACAUCGACUUCCGCAGGUGCCGGCAUGAUGAUGGCCAUUGCGACCUUUAUCGAAAUGGGGUUCCUCGGGUACAGCUUUGGCUGUGCAGUAAGCUCCCAAGUGCAGAACCGUCUCGUGGCCUUCAGCUUGCUGGCGAUCCCUCCACUUUGCCUCGCCGGCUGCGGCAUUGGAGCCUUUGCGCUCGGCAGCGCAUUGCAGAGCUGUUUCGUGUUCACUGGCCUUAUCAGCUUCUCCCUUGUCGCGGUCCUCUUCCUUGUGAUCCAAGAGCUGAUCCUAGAGGCCGCUGAGAAGAACGAGGGCGAGAACUGGAACGUGAGCAUCUUCAUCUACUUAGGGCUCCUGAUCAGCUUUGGGUUGGAGGUCGUGCUCUGA